AUGAUGCAGUUUAUGAACUCCAACUUUCGCAGUGUGCUUCAGUUCCAGUACGGCCUGCGCAGUCUUUGGCCACCCCGGCGACCGAGCGUCUAUAACGUUCCAAGAGAGCAAAACCAUGAGGACAAGUGUCUGACUGCUGCAGGAUACCUCGUCAUGGGUCCCAACGCUCUUUUUUCAUCCGGGCGAGGGAUCGGCAACUGUGGUGUCUGA